GUCAGUGUGCAGGGGUGCAGUGGUGUCUCCCGCUCUCCGCCUCACUGACUGGCAAUUGUCACCAAUGCCACCACUUACUUUGGUCACGUAACUUCACAGUGGGUAUAAGGAGCUUAGAGUCCUGACUCAUGAAAGAUAACUAACGUAAAUUUCAAUGUUUUGUUAUAUUCGAGAGUCAAGUAAACUUUUAACCGACGCAUUGCAAGUUUAAAGACAACACAGUCACAUAUUUGUCAGUGUCACCGCUAACUGGGAGGUAGACUGGGACAAUUUUGAUAUUACUGUCGAGGACUAGACCACCUUGUUCGGAGAGCAACACAAAUCCACUAGGCGCGGUGCGGUACUCAAGUGCAUGGAAGAGCGCCGUGUGUGGCUGAAUGUGGAGGUGUGGACAGUGAACGGACGGUACUUGUGGUCUUAAUGAGGGAUCUGUCCACCACGCUGCGAGGGAAGAUUAUUGACUGGAGCCUUGAAGACUGAGUAACUCGGGAAACAUUCACAACAGACAAGAAUCGUCAAGCACUUUCACCAUCUCGAGAUCAAUGAUUGUCUCUGCUUCUGCUUCUUGAACGAGAGGCGAACACCCACACAAACACCACCUCCCUACACUGCCACGAUGCUCCCCACUGCCGCUCACCUCACCGGACUCCACCUAAGGGGUAUUUGGCGUGGCGGCCGCUGACUCCAGGUGCAUAUCUCUAAAGGUCAUAUCAAGACGAGGCAACUUUGCACGUAGCAGGAAUCGCCAUGACCCACCUUCCCGCGGUGCUGCCUGCCAACAUCCUUCUGGUGACCCUCGCCUCCUUAGCUGGAAGCAGCGAGGACGUAGAUGUACCGAGAUUCCCGGAACAAGUGCCCAACAUUACCGUGACAGUGGGACGAGACGCACUACUUCCCUGCACCAUCGAACAGCUCAAAGGCUACAAGGUGGCGUGGGUACAAGUGGAUACUCAGACAAUCCUCACCAUCCACAAACAAGUCAUCACCAGAAACCCGAGGAUCGCACUACUCCACAAUGAUCACCGCUCGUGGCAUCUGCAGAUCAGCGACGUGAAGGAGAGUGACCGUGGCUGGUAUAUGUGUCAGGUGAACACCGACCCGAUGAGGUCCCGCCAAGGAUACAUGGACGUGGUAGUCCCUCCGGAUAUUAUUGACCAAGAGUCCUCUGGAGACCUGACCGUGCGCGAGGGACAAGAUGUUACCCUGAUGUGUCGCGCUAAAGGUCAUCCUGCACCAAGCAUUACGUGGCGGCGGGAGGACAACCAGGACAUCAUCCUUGACUCAACACAAACAGGAAGUGGUCUGGCCUCGCUAGACCUUCAAAGCGUCGGCAAGAGUGGAAUGAAAAAAAUUCGGCUCCAACACGACGAGGUGGAUACUGGAGUGUACACGGCCCUCUGGGAUGGUAUGAACGGUGGCUGGGAUGAGAGAGGCUCCAGUAGCGUGGGCACAGAAGGGAUAUUCCUUCCCGGAGUGUCCGGUUCGAGAAACAACGACGGUGUGAGGAACAGUGCAGAGAAGAGGAAAGUGGUAGAGGGAGAGACACUACUCCUGACGAAGGUAUCACGACUUCAGAUGGGAUCAUACCUCUGUAUUGCCUCCAACGGCAUCCCGCCAUCCGUCAGUAAAAGAGCUCAUCUGAAGGUGCAGUUUCCUCCGAUGACGUGGGUUCCUCAGCAGCUGGUGGGUGCCUACGUAGGGCAGGAGCUUACCAUUGCUUGUAACACUGAAGCUUUCCCCAAGAGCAUCAAUUACUGGACCAACGAAGAAGGGGAUAUGAUCAUUUCAGAGGGUCGGUUCGAAACACUGACAGUGGAGAGGUCGUAUAAGGUGGACAUGAAGUUGAGGAUUAUGAGGGUGGAGCCUCAAGACUUCGGAAAAUACAAAUGUCUGGCGAAGAACUCCCUCGGAGAGACGGACGGGAGCAUCCAAGUGUAUGAGAUCGACCCACCCAAGACAUUUACGCGAGCAGAAGACGAGGCAGAGGUUCAUCCCGGGACUCCAGGUUACGCAUCGACUCCAGUGGGUUCAGAGAGGAACAAGUACCCGAAGUCACUCAACCCGAAAGGAAUGAACGACCUCGCUUCACCAAGACACUAUGGCAAAGCUAAUGAGGCCUCAGACUUGAUGGAUAUGCACGGAACGACCCUUCACCACGACCCUCGGCCAGGCUACCACUACCCGGCUGGUCAGAGCGGCAAGAGCAUACGACAUGUUGGGGAUCCAGUGCUUCUAGUGGCGGUUGGCGUCUGGGUGACUGGUCUGACUGUUCUCAUUUAGAUGUGGUAACUUUUUCUUCAGAGAUGAACCUAAAUGACACUGUGUAGAAAAUUACCGUUUGUAUUUCUCUCUCUCUCUCUCUCUCUCUCUCUCUCUCUCUCUCUCUCUCUAUUGGAAGUUUUAAAUGAUGUAAAUGAUGGAAUGUGUGAAUUACCGGGCAAGAUGAAUGGUAAGGUAAGUCUUUUUAAAAUUUUGAGUGGCCUUGUCAGUGAUAUUUUGGUGGGUACAUACAAACAGACGCACGGACACUCACACAUCUUAAUUAACACACACACACACACACACACACACACACACACACACACACACACACACACACACACACACACACACACACACACACACACACACACACACACACAUACA